CCUGCUGCGAAACGAUCUGCUCCUAAGCAGGAGGCUGCUGGUACGCGCCGGCGAUCUGGCCGCUUAUCUAGCACGCAGGUGAAGAGCGCCUACUUUGAAGGUUCAAGUGAUGAUGAGGAAGAAGAAGAAAAGGCAGUUUCUGGACGCAAGAAGCGUGCAAUUCAGCCAAAGAAGCGGGCUAGACACGCAGAGAGCGAAUCCGAAGGAGAGCAGUACAAAGAAGAGUCGGAGGAAGAAGCAGAAGUACAACCGAAAAAGAGAUCCCGUGGACACGAAGACGAUAAGGAUGACGAGGAUGAUGAGGAUGAUGAUGACGGACCGAGAAAGGUUACGAUCAUCCCAUUGGAGAAGAUGAGAGAUACGGGAGGUGUGGAAUACGAGGACCAUAAGGUACACAAAAACACUAUGCUGUUU